AUGCCAUCUUCUCCCGUCACAAUCCUCCCCGACUCCAUCACCCUGCCAGCGCUGCAAGAGGCUGAACCUGCAAUGUACAUUCGUUUCUCCAUCAAAAACACGCGGUCCGAAGAAAAGGAGCUACAUUCCCCAAAGCUCCAAGAUGUGACCGAUGAUCUCUACAGUCGAGAAUUAUUCAAGCUUUUAAUGCAAGACUACCUGGAUUAUCUAUAUCCAUUGGUGCCAAUCAUUCAUCGCCCCUCUUUUCGUGAUGCCCUGCUAGCUGAUCAAGACUGCGAGGAUGAAGGCUUUUGCGCCGUCACGCUUGCCAUCGCCGCGCUGGUCGUGGCGACUUUGGCCAGCAGAUUCCCGGUUUAUAAAAGCCAUACACAACCACUGAAAUUUUCUUCUCGAAAGGAAUUUGUUCAUUCCUGCUACAAGAAAGUCUUGGCCUUACGGAGCUCCUCCUAUUUUGACCAACUCAAUUUUCAAAAGUUUUCCAUACCAUACCUCUUCUUUGCCGCUUUCUUACAGCUUGGCGACCACAAUUGGUCACGAAUGUUGAGCGUCGAGGCCAUGCAGAUCGCGCGGCUACUCAAUCUCCAUCGCAUCUCCGAUUAUGAAGGUCUAAACUGCAUUGAGACCCAGCUCCGCAAAAAGGGUUUCUGGCUAGUAUUCUACUGCUAUGUCCAUGCCAGCUUACAAAAUCUUCAAGGGGAGCGACUCACAUACUUGGACCCGGUCGUAUUACAAUCAGUGAAGGCGGAGGAUCUCAUCCCCCUGGAGGUUGACGAUGAGUUUAUCUUUGAGCACGAGGUCGUCUUUCCACCCAAUGCGGCCCCCUCUCUCGCCUCCGGAUUUAUUCUACAUUCUCGCAUCUUUUGGGCCUCGAUCCGAAGUCUUGAUUCAAAUACGACUGAGCAUGAACCUUGUCCGUGCCUGCGAGUGAAAGAUUUCGACGCUCAAAUAACAUAUUACCAAACCCGUCUCCAUGACUUGAAGCACCUUCUAGAAGAUGUUCCGUCCAUUUUCCAGUCCUGGGAGCACACAGAUGAGGCCUCGACUACCGGGGAACUAGACGACCCAGACGCAGUGCGAUACUCGCAGUUUUCGUCAAUGAGAGUGAAUAUACACGUUACUCAUCUGUGGCUACAGAGCCUCGUCAUGGAUCUAUUGGAAGCGGCACAAUCUCACUGCCAGGCUUCUUUCGACAUACGAUCUUUGUGGGCUGAUCGGGAAGCGUUGUCUCGUCGGCUUCUUCUUAUCAUCUUCAACUCCCCGCCCCCGGCUCUGGAAGCGAAUGGGCUGCACCUUGCGAAUAAAGUCCGAGAUAUUGCAGCAAGUCUGCUGUCUUGCCCAUUACAUCCAGAUGAUCCGAUAUCCAAGCAGGUUGCCGACUACGUCCGGCAAUCUACGGACAUAUUAUCUCGACUGGAUAGCAGUGAGGGAAUUAAUAUAAUGCAUCUGCCAACCUGGGUGGAUACAGAUCGCAUUCCUGCCAAUGCAGGUGGGAGAUAG